UCGGAUAUGGCAGUCGGCCAGUUCGCUGUUUGCCUUCCUGAGGCACGGGCCGGUCCUCAGGCUCGUCUCUGUACACCCAAAUACUCAUCCAGGAAGGCCCCGUGUGCCGCGCCGCCAGUAGCAAUUUUUUUUUCUCGUCCGUGCUACCACGAGAGUUGAGGGUGAGGUGCUCGCGGUGUCGCGCGGAUUUCCGCUUCCGCGUGCUGUAUCGGAGCUACGCUCCCGGGGUUGAGCGGCAUGCUCAACAAUAUCACCGCCGGCGGUUCCGUACACGGUAUCUCCGAGUGGGCGCGUGGGGCGGGCGAGCGAGAGGCAUGUGCGGAGCACGAGGAAGCCCGGCGAAAAGAAAAAAGACGGGAGAAAACUGAAGCGGCACGUCUUCUUUUUUUCUCUGCCUCUUACCCACCUCGUCGCUGCACGCUACACGUAGGAGGUACGAAGGAUGCGCAAGAUCUGAAGCGGUACGACAAGGAGCACGGUGUGCUGGGUGUGAAUCUGGGCUCCGGUCUGUCCGCGGGUGGUGGCCUCACGCUUCAUCAGGAAUUGAUCAUGACUAUGCCCGGCGCAGGUAGCGCGGGGGGCAUCGGGCAAGGCGAUGACAAACCUGCAAAGCAAAAGCGACAUCGGACGCGUUUCACACCGGCUCAGCUAAACGAGCUGGAAAGGUGUUUUGGCAAAACUCACUACCCGGACAUCUUUCUGAGGGAGGAAAUAGCACUAAGGAUCGGCCUCACGGAAAGUCGCGUUCAGGUAUGGUUUCAAAACCGGCGAGCGAAGUGGAAGAAACGCAAGAAGACAACCAACGUGUUCCGGUCGUCGGGAUCGCUGCUACCGUCGCACGGCUUGCCUCCCUUUGGACCGAUGACCUCCGACUUGUGCACGGGAAUGUUUCAUACGCCUGCGGACAGAUGGGGAAUGGGAACAGGUCUCGGGCAAUUGCAAAGCGGCAUGACGAUGAGUGGUUUUGGGCAACUAGGCCAACAAAGCACGGGAAGUUUAGGUUCCAGCCUUAGUCUCGGAAACUCCGGACUCCCGAUCAACAGCCCGUCGCAAUCCGUCUACCAUACCAACUACGGACUCAAUUCUAUCAGUGGUGUUCACGUAUCGGCGUCCCGAGGUUCGCCACCGGGUUCCUCGGUGGGUCAAGGGAUGGGCUCGGGUCUGAACUGCGGCCAGAACUCGCCGGGCACGACUUCCGGUGGCAGCGGGAGCGGGGGUGGUGCUGGCGGAGGUGGCGGCGUUUCCUGCGUGGAUGUGAAUACGAACGAAGGAUCGGACUGGAGAGGCGCCCACAGCAUCGCGGCGCUCAGGCGUCGCGCCUCGGACACCUCGCAACAGUACAGUCCACAACCACCGCCGCCAGGACCACCUCAGUAUACCCACGACAUGGAAUACAGUCCUGUUUACCAAGGCGUCGUCUGAACCGUCUUUCCGACGUUCGGUCCCGCGGAGGAAAAACUGCCGGCCGGUAGAAGCUUACCAUAAUCCAUGGAACGAGUACUCCUCUCUGUUCUACCAGUGACAACCAGUAAGAUGGGCUACGUUUCCGCAGACUGAUUCUGCAGAAGAGCGAGAGUGCAGAGGAAGUGCGAUCGAUGAGAUUUAUUUGGCUGGUUAUCAUAAAUUUAACGUCAAGAUAAUACAACGGGGUCAAGAUCGACGAUAUUAGAGCAACAAUUCUAAAUUCGAUGAUCCAAAAUCGUUCGCUCUUUGGAAUUUAAUAUAAAGCCAAUAAGACACAGCAAAUAAUGACGGAACUGGUAUGAUCAGGUGAUUCCGAAUGUUUUGACGCUGAAGGAAAUUUAGGGCGAUAAAACAGAUCUCGUGCUUUUAACGAUUACAAAAAUUUAACGCGCUUCUAUUAUGUGAAUUUCGUUCUAUAAGGAAAAAAAACAGUUAUCAAAAUUGCAUGGAAAAUGUACGAAAGGAGUACUCUUCUAUAAAUUAGCGCUGAGGAUAAAAUCAGGGUAGAGGAUCGAAAUUGCUGGCAUUAUCGACAGUGACAAUUUGCGCAAUACAGAUUCUCAUCAUCAUAGCCUUUCCAGGACCACAUGCGACACAUGUAUAACGUAGACUACCCGAUUUCUGCAAAUGUGUGUCCUGCUGAUGCUAAAUGUCAGGCCAACCAUCAACUUGAUGCCGUGAAUGUAAAAAAAAAAAAGAUUAAUGUAUAUGACGGAGCAAUUAAAAUUGCACGUUUGAGAUUUCCUAAUUAGGAAUAUAAUGGGUGAAUAUUUCCAACGUAUAGUGUCUAGUCAAAUACGUUUUAAACAACAACAGGCGUAAGCGUCGUUUUUUUUUUGUGGAGUAAACUGAAUUAUUGGAAUAAACCUUUUAGCUGCGCAAAUCAUUGGUAUUGGCGAGUUUUUUCUUAUUUACGUGAUUCGCGAAGAACUAGUCGAAAAGGUUUUGUUUUAAAUGGAUUUUCAAAGCUUUACAAUAUUUUACAGUUGACGAAGAAUUAUUUAAUAAAACGAAAAUGGAUUUUGCUAAGUAUCGUUAAAAAUUUAUCCUACUCAUGACAGUUCCGAAUAUUUAAUAAUGACAAUGGUCGACGUUUUUUGUAAGACCGCUUUCAUUAUAAUAUCAAGCACUUUGGCCACUAAAAUUCCGUUGCAACUAUUAUGAGUUUAAGUAUUUCCGAAUGUCAAUGAUUAAAAUAUGAUCCGUCAUAGAAUAUGGGAACUGUUUUUACGAGCGAUGGAACGUUCUGUCCUAGUAAUCACACAACGAGCUGUCGAUAAAGGAAGAAACGAAUUGUGAUUUGUGCAGGUUAAUGAAUUUCGUGACGCGAAGAGUCUUAAAGAGAGAAAAUUACCGUAAAACUAAAAUGAUCAGCUCCGCGAGCAAAUUCUUUUGGUUGGUACUGUGCGCUGGUGAAAAAAUUGAUAUGGCUUAUUUCAUGUAUACACGUGUAUUAAUACGUUUGCAUUGAUUGGCUCCACAUAACUGUAGGCGCGUUAAUUUAUUUCCUUCCGAGUGAGAUCGGUGAAACAAUUCGAUUCGGUUGUUACCCUGCAGUGGAGGGGAGAGAGGAGACGAUUUAUCGCGGCUAAAAAUGCAGUCGUUAAACUUGUUUUGUCCUCGUUAGAGGCAUUUCGAGUGUCUGCGCGCGUGCUAAAGAAACGUCGAUGAGAUUAAGGCCUCGCUAAUUGUAAAUUAUUUAACUGCGUUUCGAUGAGGGUGACAAACUGAUUAGGGCGUGGGUUUUUCGCCACGUGUUUUUGUUUACACCUGUUCUCUUCUGCCGCCGGGGGGCACUUCCCGCUUGAACGAUGAAACGCAUGGAAGAAAGAAUGCAUAUUGUAUUGUAUUUUCGAGUCACGGAGAGAGCGGAGAAAGGCGUGGCGAGGUGCAAUGAGAUGUAUACGACAAGUUAUCUUAGUAUUAUAUAUACACGAUACAUUGUGUAAAUAUAGUAAAAAUAUUGACGUGAUAGGGUAUAUUAUUAUUGUAUUAUUACCGCAACUAUCAUUACUUGAAUCGCAACUGCGACGGUGCUGUCGACCGCUCCUUGUCCGCAGGUCGUUUGACCUGCUACGCGUCGCAAUUGCGUUUAUCUGAGACUGUGCACGCAGGAGUUCGUAGUUUCGCUUCGAGAACGGUAUUUUUUUUUUUAAAUAGAAUUUACGGCGCGUUUACGUUUUCCUUCGGAUAACAGAAUUUUAAGUUUGCCCGAAAAAACCGGUUUCCAAGAGUUUGCGGUAGGAUCCUUGCGUCGCGUGUUUGUCGAUACUAAAACAAUCGAGAGAGAAUGUCUGUGUUUGGAAAAAUAACUUCUUAUCUUCUUCUGUGUGAUAGGAGAUAGGAAUUGCUUUUAAAACGAGCAUAAAUGUCGAUUUCUUUUUUUUUUUUUUACGAUGUGCAACAUAAUUCGAUCAAAAACUCGCACAAAAUUAACUCGCGGUUAAAAGAAAAUUACUUAACUGAAAUUCAUUUGGAUCUUUUGAUAAUGAGAUAAUGACAAAGCGACUCAAUGAUUCUGUUUCGGGACAAAGAACUAUAAGUUAAUGUGCGCAACGAAAAGCUAGUCUUUUUUGUUUCAAACUUUAAGUUUCGGACGGAGAUCAUACGUGAUCUCGUGUGCAGAGAUGGACGUUUUUGUCGUAAUAUAUAUAAUAAUUUCUUUUAUGGGAGUGCGUUAAACAAUCUUUCUUUGCUUCUUUUAAUAAGUAUUCGAGAUAAUAGGGCACAUCAUUCGUUGCGUUUCUCUCAAUGGUAAACGUUUCGAUGAUGAGUGCAAAUUAGCAUACAUUUGUGUAUUACAUUCCUGAAGAAUUUUAUGACACACUAUAAGUAUAAUACAUUGUUCCGUUGUUGUCAUCGAAACGUAAGUUUUGUAAAUAAAGUAUACGUCUAAUAACAAUAAUAACAAUAAUAAUAACAAUAAUUAUAGUAAUAAUUAUUAUACAACGAUAAUAAUAAUAUUAAUAUUAACAAUAAUUAUAAUGUAAUAAGUAUGAUGACAUCAACAUUAUGAUCGAACGUGAGUAUACAUGGACAUUGUGAUAUAUUUCGGGAUGGCCGUGCAUUUUUCUGACGGCGACAUUGGUCCGCGCAAGGUAUUCCAAGGCGGCACCGGUGGUAGAUUGCGAGCGGCUGCGAAAAGUCGACUAUUCUAGUUACGAAUUUACGGUAGACCUAGGUAAACUUAAACGAUAAAUAUGGAAUAACAGAUAGGCAAUUGUCGAUGUAUCACUACGAACGUAUACGAUUUUUAAUGUACAAAAAGAUAAAGAAAUACGGGCGCGUGGUGUGGAGGCGUCCCUUCUCGAUUUCGUCCUGUCGUUCUAACGUAGGACGGGAGCAAGACCUUACCGAUGUUCGUCGGAGUGUUUGUGGUUCCUUAUUUUUGAAUGCUUCGUGCAAUACCUCGUCAUCGAGCAUGCAUUCCUUUUUAGCGCAUAAAAGGAGAACUAUAUUCCAUUCGGUGAUCUUCAUCUUGUUGCAUGAUUAAAUCGACGUAUUGCUAAUAAUUGCCGAGGUCUUUGUAUGAAUAAAUCGACAGUCGGUUGGCAACUUAUUUGAUUCUUACAUGGAUGUGUUAUAUUAAAUUAUGGAAAUAUGAGAUAGAUAAAUUUGGAACGAUUUUCUUGAUUUUCUGUUAAUGAAAAUGUGAAAUACUUGAUGUAAUUUGCGCGUUUGUAUAAAAUAUAUGUAAAAAUUAAAAUCAAAUACAUAAUAUGGGAAUAUACUUUACGGAAUAUAUCAGGUAUCCAAUUUUGUGAAUCGAAAACUGAAUAUUUUAUAAGCCAGUGUUCUCUGCUAGCAAUACGCCAAUUUAUGUUCAUGCAGUCAACUGAAACAUUUCUCCUCGUUUUUAGCUCGGAUUCAGAUGGUACGAAGAACUCCGAUCGGUGUCCUUGGUGAUCGUGAUACCUCCCUUUAAGCGAUGAACAUUCCUGUAUUUAUUUAAUUUAUCAUGCGUGUGUAGAUAGAUUUCCGCGAGUGGAAGUUGACGUCCCUUUGAUUUGCGGCAGGCGUGGGCGUCACUCUUUACAAGUGAUUUGUAACAUAUAUGGCCUCUGCUGAUCGUACGUUUAGAUAUUUCGCGCAGAAGUUAAUACGAAUCGUACUGUCCGCAGACGUCAACCGAUUCUUCAGAUUCGCGUGAAUCGGAAGAGAAUCGACUGACUUUAUUGCAUCUCUAUCACAAGUCAUUAUUCCCGAUGACCAUAAUUAGCGGUAAAUAGACAGAAUUUUAAUUUUCAUCGUUGUAUAGUUGUGUAUAGAGGUCAACUAAGUGUGUAAAAAAUAAAUCAUUAUCAAAAUAUCAA